AUGGUAUCCUUUAAGAUGAAGGGCACAGACAUUCAGACGCCAAACUUCCUGAAUUCCAGUGGCACCGGCUUGUGUUUCAUUGUGCUGAUGUUAUGUUUUGUGUCUGUCCCGCAGGACCUGAAAACCCAGCUCAGACCCCGGCUAUGUGUCAUUGAGAAAGGCCCCAAUGGCUUCGGCUUUAACCUGCACAGUGAGAAGUCCAGACCCGGCCAGUAUAUCAGCGCUAUAGAUGACGACUCUCCAGCACAGAGAUCCGGCCUGAGGCCCAAAGACAGGAUAAUACAGGUCAGCGGGGUUUCGGUGGAGGGGAAGCAGCACGCUGAGGUGGUGGCCGCUAUUAAAGCCGGGGGUGACAGCACGACACUCUUGGUCGUAGAUCCAGACACCGAUGCUUUCUUCAAGAAGUGUCGAGUGACGCCCACUGCAGAACACCUCACAGGACCGCUGCCUGAACCUGUGGUCAACGGAGACAUGGAGGACAAGGUUAACGGAAAUGUGGCCAAAGAGGUGGAGCUGAAGGACUCGAAGAUAUCAAUCAGUCCGUCUCCUUCCAAUGCAUCCUCUAACGCCUCCCUCACGACUCCGCCCACUGGGACUCCGCCCCCUGAGACUCAGGAGCCGUCCAUCAUAGCUGCCAUCCCAGAGCUCAAUCUGUCCCUGCAGCAGGUGAAAGAGCGCGCUCACCAGAAACGCUCCAGUAAGAGAGCUCCACCCAUGGACUGGAACAAGAAAAAUGAACUCUUCAGUAACCUAUAGACCUCCGGUCGUCCAUCCACCCACCCAUUCAUCCAUCCGUCAGCUCUGUUUAAGACUUGAUAAAACAGAGCAGAUCUUAUAAUGAAGUUAAAGUCAUCAAUGAAGUAGGCUCAAUAUGAUGUAUGUACAGUGUGUAUAUUUACACACAGAUUUAUAUCUAUUCCGAAUUAUGUAUAUGAAUUACUAACAGAUUAUAUUAGGCUGCAUCUGCUGUGGGGAAAUGGAAUGUAACAUUCUACAACUGUGAUGUAUAUCAAUCAUUGGCUGUGUUCAGAAUGGAGUACUAACUUACUGUAAUAUUACUGCUCACUGUAUAGACUCGAGUGAAACAGAAGUAGGAAUGAAUGCUGUUGUGCACACAGUGGUAUGCUAUACUGUUGUCACAGAACAAUUACUUUGCAUGUUUAAUUUAACGAGCAGCAUAUCAGUUAUCAUCAAAUUAAUUCAAUUUUGUGUAAAUAUGUUAUGUUUUUUUUUUUUUUUUUAGGGUUUGGCAGUUUGAUUAAACAGUAGGUAAAAGCU